GUUCCUGCCCUGCUACUUUGCGGGUUGUGAGGGACGUCGAGUUUGCAGUAGCCGAUGAGCAAAACUGUUGGUGGGGGAUUGAGCUGAAUUCAAUACAGGCUUUGAAGCUGGCCAACGGGCUGUCUCCUGAUGUGGAUGACAGUAUAGAGCUGCCUCUGCAAGCUGUACGUACACCCGAAUAUCUGCGUGCUGCUUGUCUUGAAAUUGCUGUCCUCUCAACCCAUCAACAAGGCAGAGACACGCAUAUCAGACAGGUGAGGGUUUAUGGGCCCAUAGAAGACUCAGACGAGGGCGAAUUUGUCUCUUCGGGCGGGUGGACGAGGCCGUCGAAUGCUUCAACAUCUAAUGCAGCAUUUGUCUUUGCAUUGGGAACAGAAGCUGCCGAUACACCCCAGCAGCAAACACGGGCGAGAGAAGGCGUCUCCUUCGCUAGAGCCUGGAGUCAAGACUUCUUUGCUGCUCUCACAGGCACUCAGCCUCCUAAUCCCUAA